AUGAUUGACAGGUUUAGCCGAUGGCCAGAAGUGACACCAUUAAAAGACAUGACCGCAGAUAUAGUAGCAGUAAAUUUAUAUAUAUUAAUUAUAAAAUAUGCUAUAUCAUUUAAAGGUUAUCGUUGUUUAAGAGCGGUGGGAUUUCUUAGCGGACUCUUAGUUGGUGUUAAGCUAUCUUGUGUUCUGCAAAGUAAUCAAAUUAUAUUAAUUGGAAAACGAGCCGAUUCUGCACUAGCAAUAGUUGCAGGUCUCACAGGAGCUAUAAUAGGAUCUACGUACCCUGUAGCAUCUAUACUUGUUAGUGCAUUUGCUGGAGCAAUGGUUGCAGGAGCUUGUAUGGCUGUUUGUGUUGCUACAAUGACUGAAAAUGUGUUUGGUUAUAGAGAACUUUACGUAGCAAUAAUAGGAGGUGCUGUUAUAUCGUCUGUUCUUACAUUUUGCUGUGUUAAAUAUGUAACCAUAGUUACCUCUAGUAUAGUCGGGACCUUCAUGGUUAUUGCGUCCGUUGAUUAUUUUAUACACGGUUCGAAAACUCUCAAUUGGAUUUUAAAUAUGAAACCUCAUCCUUCUCCACCACCAUGUUAUGGUGGUAUUCUAAUAUUUAUCUGGCCAUUUGUUAGUAUAAUAAGCAUUAUGAUUCAAUGCUUUAUCACAGCCUGGGGUGUUGAUCAUCGUAAACGUGCUUAUCAUAAAAUGGCUUCACGAUGUGGACGUACAAAUUCUCGACCACGUGAAACACGCGAAGAAGCAAAGCAACGAAAGUUUCGUUACCUGUAUCAAGUACGGACAGCAAGGGGUGAUAUUAUUUCACAGAAUUUUGUUUCUGUACUACAAAAAAGAAUACAGCAUGGCGGCAUGGAUACACCUUCAGAACGAUCGAUCAAAACAAGUUCCAAUGAACGGACUUUUCGCAGUGAUCGAACACAUUUCACAACCAUCGCACCAGAUUCUGAUAUAUGUGAUAAAAUUCAAAUUGUCCGUGAUCUAGGAUAACAAAUAUAUGUGAAUUAAAAGUUUAUAACAUACAUGUAAUUGAAAUAGCUGUAUUCGAGAUAAUUAACUUAUUUUAUAUUUUUAUUUGGUCUAAUUUAAAUACUUAUUUAGAAUAUAAAACGACA